GACACACUGGCCACAAACACGGACCACAGUCACCUCCCGCCUGGCGACGACGCGACGCGCUGUGUGCUUCUCUCCGAUCGCCCGAGAAACCGAACCGAGCACCGUGACUUUGCACCACAGUGACCGCGUGCGUCUACGCCGACCUGCGUCAUCGGAACUCCGGUCCGGAGGUCUUGUUCUGUGGUCACUGUCCGGCUGUCUUGGAACCAGUCCAGUACAUCAGUUUUCACACGCCAAGUGACGAAGUUCAGCUAUAGAGGCCAAGAUUCUGACCUGGAUUAUUGCUGCGGAAGAACAUAAGGCACUUAUAAUUUCCUGCGCCUUGCUGACCGGAUAUCUGUCUUCCCGUUCACCUCUUUUGUUUAAGAGAGACGCGCGUUAGAGGCUGGCUCUGCGGACAUGGGUGGACAGCCUGUGUGAGCGAGACAAGACGGUUCCGGCGAGCUGGCGAGUGAGCGGCGGCAGCGGCAGCGGCAGCGGCAGCGGCGGCCAUGCACACCAACGUCAACGUGGAGCGCAACUCGUGGCGCCUGCCGCCGGACGAGACCGUGCAGGUGGCCGACCCGCGCUCCAAGAGCGUCGAGGACCUGGUGUACCCGGCGGUGGGCGACGGCCACAACUGGCGCAGCAUCGUGCUGUCGCUGGUCGUGAUCGGGCUCGUGAUCGCGGGCAUCGUGACGGCCAUCUACCUGCUGGGCUACGUGGACGAGCUGCUCUACUGGAGCGGCCAGCGCAUGAAGCUGGAGGAGUUCCUGGAGGGCGACCUCUGUCCAGAGCGGCUGCCGCCCGCCUGGGUGACGCGCACGCAGUUCGUCUACCAGGCCGACGACGGCAGCCUCGCCGUGCUCGACACCUCCAACGACUCCAUCUCGCUGCUCGUCACCAACCACACGCUGAGGCAGUUGGAUGUGAAGGGCUACGAGUGUUCCACCGAUCUCCGUUUCGUACUCUUCAGGCACAACGUCAAGUGGGUGUUCCGCCAGUCGUUCACGGCGCACUACACCAUCUACGACGUCUCCAACGACCACCACAUCCCGGUGCGGCUGAGCGACAAGCCCAAGGUGCAGCAGACGCGGCUGCAGCGCGCCACCUGGCUGGGCAACUCGACGGCGCUGCUGCUGGUGGCCGACAACGACCUCUACCUGCGGCCCGCGCCCAUCUCCGACCUCGACGUGCGGCUCACCGACACCGGCCAGCCCGGCGUCUUCUACAACGGCGUCCCGGACUGGCUCUACCAGGAGGACGUGCUGACGACGCCGGAGGCGCUGUGGGGGUCCGCGGACGGCUCGCACGUGCUGUUCGCCACCUUCAACGACUCGGAGGUGCGCUCGUUGGCCUUCCCGUGGUUCGGCGCCGGUGCGUCCUCCGGCGCCAUCUCGGGCGGCUUCGGCACCUGGUCCACCUUCCCAGAGUCGCGUAGCGUCCGCUUCCCCACGCCAGGCACGACGAACCCGGACGUGCGGCUGUGGAUCCUGGACCUGAGCAACUACAGCGAGCCCGUCCGCUGGGAGAUCCGGCCGCCGUCCGUGCUGGAGGAGACCAGGGAGUUCUACCUGACGUCGGCGGGCUGGGUGGGCGACGACAACCACGAGGUGUCGGCCGUCUGGCUCAACCGCGCCCAGAACAUCAGCAUCAUCAGCACCUGCCACGCGCCCAACUGGACCUGCGUCGAGACGCACGCGGAGCGGGCGGCCGAGGAGUCGUGGCUGGAGGUGCAGCCGCACCCCGUCUUCUCGCCGGACGGCGGCAGCUUCCUGCUGCUGGCGCCCGUCAAGGAGACCAGCACGCACUCGUACACGCACAUCAAGCACAUCACCAUCACGGAGCAGCGCAUCGCCGUGCUCAGCCACGGCAACUACGAGGUGAUGCGCAUCCUCGCCUGGGACAACGACAACCACCUCGUGUACUACCUUGGCACGCACGACUCGCGGCCGGGCCAGCAGCACCUGUACGUGGUGCCCGACCCUUCCACGGACGACCCGCGCCGCCUCGAACCGCAGUGCGUCACGUGCGACCCCAGCGGCCCGCUCUGGAGCUCGCGCUACUGGUACGCCAACUGCUCCCACUUCUCCGCCGCCUUCGCCCCCGGCGGCCACGGACAGCGCUUCUACGUGCUGCAGUGCGAGGGCCCCGGGCUGCCGCUGGCCGGCGUGCACGACGCGGUCACGCACCGGCUGCAGCGCGUGCUGUUCGACACGCGGCCCUGGAGGACCCGCCGGCUGGACGAGCUGGCGCUGCCGCAGCGGCAGAGCUUCGAGGUGCCCCUGCAGCAGGGCUACCGCGCCCACGUGCAGCUGCUGCUGCCGCCAUCCUGGCGCGCCGAGCUGCGCGACGCCGCCUUCCCCGUCCUCGUAGAAGUUAACGGGCGGCCGGGCAGCCUGGCGGUGAGCGAGCGGUUCGCCAUCGACUGGGGCACGUACAUGUCCAGUCGCAACGACGUGGUCUACGUGAAGCUGGACGUGCGCGGCUCCAGGGGGCAGGGCAGUCGCGCCCUCUUCCGCAGGCUCGGCGGCGUCGAGGUCCAGGACCAGAUCGCCGUGCUCAGGUACCUGCUAGACGAGCUCAAGUUCCUAGACGAGACCCGCGUCGGCGUGUGGGGGUGGGGGUACGGCGGCUACGUGACGGCCAUGCUGAUGGGCUCCCAGCAGAGCAUCUUCAAGUGCGGCAUCGCCGUCUCGCCCAUCGCCGACUGGCUCUACUACAACUCGGCGUUCACGGAGCGCGUGCUGGGGCUGCCCGGCGACAACUACAAGGGCUACGUGGAGGCGGACGCGACGCAGCGCGCUCGCUACGUGCCCAGCCACUCGCUCUACCUGCUGCACGGGCUCGCCGACGUCACGGCGCCCUACGUGCACGGCGUCGCGCUGGCGCGGGCGCUCGCGCAGGCCAACAUCAUCUUCCGAUACCAGAGCUACGCGGACGAGGGUCACCUGCUGCAGGGCGUCCUGGAGCACGUGUACCGCUCCAUGGAGGACUUUCUAAAGGAGUGCCUUAAACUGGACGUGGAGCAGUCGUGAGGAGCCGCCACGCCGCCUUACCCUGUGCCUGUGCCGAGCCACGGUCAAGGUCGUGAACCAGAGACUCUACUCGACUCUCGCGCGUCGUCCAUCUGCUAUCGUGUGGCAGUGACAAUAAUGCUACCGCCGCCGGCGGGUGGUGCAUUCUGCAGGUGAGCCAAGCGAGGCGGGACGGUACUUCGCAACGUGCGGGCACAAUCACAGAAGCAGACAAUCUCCGCGCUGGUGCACCUGCGGACGGUGACGGUCGUCGGAACGAAAUGGCUCUUCUAAAUCUUUAUCGCCUUUGUAUCGAGGCAUCACGUAUUUCCCAUUUUCUUAAAACUAACUCAAUACAAUCAAAAGUGCAUUACGUAAGUACGGCGGAGUCUUCAUAUUACGUAACGCUACUAUCUUCUCCUGGUAGAGGGGGGCUUCACUCCACCGUGAGAGGCGCUCGUCUUCAGCCGACUAAACGGCAAGACUGACGAGACGAGUAACGUCAGAGUAUCUUCAGCAUUUGCCACGGGAAAUCUCUCGCUCAGUAAGAGUAAGCGCAGGUGAUAUACUCAGCACAAGGAAGUAGUGUCAUUGACCUCGUCUUUCCGUCAAGGGUGCAAGGGGCUUCGCGGCUGUGCAAACUUGCGGCGUACAAAUGGAACACGCAUUCCCACAACCUCUCUCCCCCCUGUGUUUGCGCAGCCGCCGCCAUAAGGAACGUCAUAUUCUUCCCGUGGAAUGUUGAUUUACAGAAGUAGCGCCUUUUUUAAUACUCUUAGAUGGAUUCUGAUCAUUUACGCAAUAGUUCACUUGGCAAUAAGCACGACAAAUAAAACAUGCAUAUCACUCAUUUCUGAACACAACAUUUUCUGAGAUAUGUAUUUUUGAAUACUGAUCUGUGUGUACCGUUUAGAAGAUCAUUCGUUUCUCUUCAUAACGAACGCGGAAUCUGUCAAGAAAGAUAUAGCCUAAAGUUGUCCUUCUGCUUUAGAUGUACGUCACACAAUAUACUGCCGAAUUCAGCAAUAGCGGUCAAUGCAGCGUUACGUAAUCUUAAGACCUUGAACUGUUGUUAAAGAAACCUUCUCCGCUUUUCGUAUAAAAUCAGACUACAAGCUUCAGAACGUUUCCACUAACGUAAACCCAGUCGUAGAACUAGAAAUAAGUUUUGUAGAAAGGCACUUGGUCUUACACAUUUGUCUGGAAAUGACUGGUAAACAGUACAAUAUGUAAAUAGGACACAGGCAGUAACAGGGCUUCGUAGACUAGGAAACACAGAUAGCGGGAAGUGAGCCAGACGGGUCGUGGUGAGGUGAGAGGGCUACGUGUCAUUGUCAGCUCGUGUCCCAGUGCCUGCAGACACACACUGCGUUUCCUCUGAAACGUACACAUAUUCUCAGAGCCUCUUCUAUUAAAGGAAAUCAUAAGCAACUUCCUUCCCACCAAUUAAGUUUCACUCUACUACACUUGAUGAGCUUACUAUUUCCCACUCACCCACUACAUAAAGACUUUUACCUGAGCCUAAGUUAGUUCACUGACGCGUACUUGUAGCGCAGUUGAGGACCCAUAGGGUUUACACAAAUAAGUACAAAUUGUAAGUACUCACAAUAAAAGAUGUAAAAAGGAUGAGAGCGUUGAGUCACGUAUUUAAUGCGUUAGAAACAUCAUACUUAGCUUUUGUGGUGGAACUGAAAAAAGAUGCGUAAAUUAAAACUGCUAAAUAUGCGUUGCAUCAAAGCGAGUGUUAUACUUUUACAACUUGGGUUUUGUAAGUUAUCUACUGUCAAUUGUUCAGCUUAAAGUGGUAUUUAUGUAAUAGCCUUCUAAACCAACUCAGGUUUAUUCUUCAAGAAGAAAGUGAUAGUUUUGGAAAAUAAUAUGAUCGGGCCUUAUUAUUAACUGUAGCUACAAAAUAGAAGAAGUAACUAAAAGUAGAAAAGUUAUGACACGAAUGACAUUUUUCGCAAAUUUUUAAUUUCUGUGCUCUCUGUGGAAGAGAGUAUGGCCUACUUUGUCAGUGUCUUAAGUAAAUUGUUUAUUCUGAGGCUAGUUCAUCCGUGGCAGUCGCCAUUAACUGUACGUGGCCUACUUCUUCGUAACUUCGGCGGCGGGUUUCUACCGUGACGCCGCGCGCCUAGUAAGGCAGAUUUACGUCACAAUCGUCUUUAUGAUUUGGCAAGAAAAUAACGAAACAGUUUUAAUAGGGGAGGCUGUGAUUUUUUUCAGGUUUUUUCCAUCGCGUUGUUUCUUAUUUCUUCACAUUUGUAAUGAUAUGCUUAGACGAAGCUCGCGUAAUGUUCUUUACAUACAUCUCGAAUCUGCCUAUACAAAACACUAAGUUAAGUACUGUGUAGAAUUGGAUACUCAGAAGAUUUGUUCAUUUUUAUACAAUGCAUUGUUACCAAAUAAAAAUGUUACACAAUGAAUUGUAAAAGGUUUUUAAAUUAAAUUAUUUCAUUUGUAAGUUUCCUUCCACAAAAAAAAAUUGCUAUAGUUUCUUUGGACGACAUUCUCGCAACCGAUUGUGUCUUGGAUGUCUGGUAGUUAGUCUGCUAAUUACACUCAAGGUAAGGUUGUGUUUAUAGAUACAAGACAGUGCCUCUAUGCUCCUGUUUUAUCAUAUCUUCACUGUAAAUUUCACGUUCAUCGGACAUUCUAAUAUUUUAUGCUAAUCAAUUCAAAGAAUGCCUCAAACAUUUUUAAGUGGGUACCGGGGUUUGCAAUGCAAGAGCUACAUUAUACUUGCUUAGAUUUCUAAACAACUCUCUGAAGUGUACAAUCGUAAUAGACUGCAAACCAAUCUUGUAUUCAGUCGUACUUUUUAUACAAUAGAGAUGUAACAAAAAAGCUUCAUACUGUAAUGAGUUUGAAUGGGAUACUUGUAAGUGAUUUGUAUAAAUGAUAACCGUACACGUGUGGAACAUUCGGAGAAACGAACGUUUAAGUCGGCGUGCACAACGGCUCGCAGUUCUUUAAUUUUCGGCCUAUGUACUGCGUGUCACUUGCUUCCCACUAAUCACAAAGCUGAAACAGGACAGGCAUUUUGGCACACAGUUGGUUUAUCUUAGCCUACUGAAAUAUUUCUCUGAAUGUUCCACAGGCGUACAAGCUAUGAAUUUCCAGUACACUCAGAUCGAUUUUUGUAAACGUUAUUUAAUAAAUAUUGUUGUGAGCUUCACAUUA